CACAAACUGAUGGAGCAAGGAGGCGUGCAAGCCGCGACGACUAUCAGCAUCUGUAACGGAGCGAUGACGCUUAUGUCCGAAGCGACGCUUUUUGGUUAAAAAAAAAAAAAAAAAAAAAAAAGAAGAAAAGAAGCGAAGUCAAGUGCAGCCGGCACUAUGUACGGCUUUGUGAAUCACGCCUUGGAGCUGCUCGUUUUGAGGAAUUACGGACCGGAAGUGUGGGAAGACAUCAAGAGGGAAGCGCAACUCGACAUCGAGGGUCAGUUCCUCGUUCGGAUCAUUUACGAUGACACCAAAACGUAUGACCUGGUCGCCGCUGCCAGCAAAGUACUCAAGAUUAAUGCAGGAGAAAUCCUGCAGAUGUUCGGGAAGAUGUUCUUUGAGUUUUGCCAAGAGUCGGGAUACGACACCAUUUUGCGGGUGCUGGGGUCAAACGUGCGCGAAUUCCUUCAGAAUUUGGACGCCCUUCACGAUCACCUGGGGACCAUCUAUCCCGGUAUGAGGGCUCCCUCGUUCCGCUGCACGGAUGCAGAGAAGGGCAACAAUCUAAUCCUGCACUACUACUCUGAGCGAGAAGGCCUGCAGGACAUCGUGAUUGGCAUCAUUAAAACGGUCGCACAACAAAUCCAUGGCACAGAGAUAGAGAUGAAGAUGAUCCAACCCAAAAGCGAAGAGUGCGACCACAUCAAGUUCCUGAUCGAGGAAAAGGACUCGGAGGAAGAGGCUUUCUACGAGGACCUGGACGGCUUCGAGGAGAACGGCACCCAGGAGACGCGCAUCAGUCCGUACACCUUUUGCAAGGCCUUCCCCUUUCACCUGAUGUUCGACAAAGACCUGAUGCUCACGCAGUGCGGCAACGCCAUUUACCGGGUGCUGCCUCAGCUCCAACCUGGCGCCUGCAUCCUCCCGUCGGUUUUCUCCCUGGUCCGCCCACACAUUGACUUCAGCUACCAUGGCAUUCUUUCCCACAUCAACACUGUCUUUGUCCUGCGAAGCAAGGAGGGUCUGCUAAACGUGGAGACGGUGGAGAAUGAGGACGAGCUGACGGGGGUGGAGAUCAGCUGUCUACGGUUAAAAGGACAGAUGAUUUAUUUGCCCGAAGCCGAGAACAUCCUCUUUCUUUGCUCGCCCAGUGUGAUGAACCUGGACGACCUGACGCGACGAGGCUUGUACCUGAGCGACAUCCCGCUGCACGAUGCCACACGAGACCUGGUGCUGUUGGGCGAGCAGUUUCGUGAAGAGUACAAGCUGACCCAGGAGCUGGAGAUCCUCACCGACCGCCUGCAGCACACACUCCGGGCCCUGGAGGACGAGAAAAAGAAGACGGACAGACUGCUGUACUCCGUCCUGCCUCCGUCCGUAGCCAACGAACUGCGACACAAGCGGCCAGUCCCGGCCAAGCGCUACGACAAUGUCACCAUUCUUUUCAGCGGCAUCGUUGGCUUCAACGCCUUCUGUAGCAAGCAUGCCUCCGCCGAGGGCGCCAUCAAGAUUGUCAACCUGCUCAAUGACGUUUACACCCGAUUCGACAUCUUGACCGACUCGCGAAAGAACCCAUACGUGUACAAGGUGGAGACGGUGGGCGACAAGUACAUGACGGUGAGCGGCCUGCCCGAGCCGUGCACGCACCACGCCAAGUCCAUUUGCCAUCUUGCGCUCGACAUGUUGGAAAUCGCGGGACAAGUCAAAGUGGACGACGAGCCCGUACAGAUUACCAUCGGGAUCCACACGGGAGAGGUGGUGACAGGGGUGAUUGGCCAGAGAAUGCCCCGGUACUGCCUCUUCGGCAACACGGUCAACCUCACAAGCCGCACGGAAACCACUGGUGAAAAGGGCAAAAUCAAUGUUUCAGAAUAUACAUACAGGUGCUUGCAGUCCCCCGAGAACGCGGACCCUCAGUUCCAUCUGGCUUACAGAGGCCCCGUCACCAUGAAAGGGAAGAAGGAGCCCAUGAAGGUGUGGUUCCUGUCCAGACAGGAAGUCCACUGAUGCCCUCCCCUACCUUCAACUCUAAUUCAUCAGAUGGAUUGAGUAGAAUGAAAUAACACAGUUGUCGAUUGGACACAAAAGUUGCCGGCAUGAAAUUGUGCCACUGUGCUUCGCUACACUAUAAUAUACAGCCCAGGAUUUACUGUGUCUAAUUUAGACACAUAUUGAUUAGUUUGAGUGAUAAUAGCUGUACUUGUCAAGCACUUUUCACUGCCCAAACACACCCACAGUGGAAUCAUAAUGACAUUCAAGUUAGUGAGAUUUCACUUUUAAAAAGUAAAAGAAAACUAUAUAUCAAAAACAUUCGAAGUUUAUUCUACAUAGGCUACAUCAUGUUUGUUGACCAUGCCCCCCAUUGGUGAGGGUGAAUAUUUUCAAGUCGCAAUAUAUUUACUUCAUUCCUCACUCUAAGUGGACAUUUUAUAUUUGACCAAUGUGGUUUUUUUUUCUUUUAUGUGUAAAAUAUUUUGCGCGUGAACGCCUUUGUCUAAUCGCACUCUUGAAGCACUUCCACUUUGUACACUAUUUGGCUUGGAUGUUAACUUGCCAACAUUUUAAGCACAUGUAGCACAGUUCAGAGAUUCUGAUUCGAAUCUUGACUUGUGGAGUUUGCACGUUCGACCUGCGCUUGUUUGGACUGUGUUGCGGUACUUCUGCUUCCUCACAUAUUCCCAAAAUUAUGCCCGCUUCAUUGAAGACUCUAGAUUGGCCAUAGGUGUGAAUAUUACAAUAUACGUUGUCUACCACAUAUGGCUGUGAUUGGCUGGCGACCAGUCCCGAUGGGAUAGGCUCCAGUUCAACCACAACAAAAAAUCAUGAGGUUUAGAAGUAUAGAAAUUAUGGAGGGGUGGAUGUUCGUGUACCUAAUGAAAUUGCACACACGUUUAGUAUUUACCACUGCAGUGUUAAUGCACAGAAAACUUUUAGAGACACAUAUUUAUUAUUAUGUUUUAUUUUGCUGUACUGUUGUAUGUAACUUUUGAAAAAUGCCCCAAAUAAAAUAUUUUUAACUCA